AUGGUUUUAAAUAUUCUGGUUGACACUGGGAGCAGUAACUUUGCUGUAGCAGGUGUGCCUGAUCCUGAUGUCACCUCCUACUUCAAUACCGAGCUGUCAAGUACAUACAAAUCUCAAGGGAUCGAUGUCACAGUUAAGUACAGUCAAGGAAGCUGGACUGGAGUGCUGGGUACAGACGUCAUUACUAUUCCAAAAGGAAUUGAUGGCAGCUACACCAUCAACAUUGCUACCAUUCUUCAAUCAGAGAAUUUCUUCUUACCAGGUGUUAAAUGGCACGGGAUUCUUGGUCUUGCCUACGAUGCCUUAGCCAAGCCUUCAAGUUCUGUGGAGACGUUCUUUGAUUCUCUUGUGAGGCAGGCAAAGAUCCCCAACAUUUUCUCCUUGCAGAUGUGUGGUGCUGGACUGCCUGUUUCUGGAAGUGGUACCAACGGAGGUAGUCUUGUUCUGGGAGGAAUUGAACCAAGUCUGUACAAGGGUGAUAUUUGGUACACACCUGUCAAAGAGGAGUGGUAUUACCAGGUUGAAAUCCUCAAACUGGAGGUUGGAGGACAGAACCUCGAAUUGGACUGCAGAGAGUAUAAUGCUGAUAAAGCAAUAGUGGACAGUGGAACCACGCUUCUCCGCCUGCCCCAGAAAGUCUUCAGUGCUGUUGUGCAAGCAAUAGCUCACACCUCCCUGAUUCAAGAAUUCUCCUCUGGUUUCUGGACUGGUUCACAGCUUGCAUGCUGGGACAAAACCGAAAGACCCUGGUCCUUAUUUCCCAAACUCUCCAUUUACUUGAGGGAUGAAAACUCCAGCAGGUCAUUUCGGAUCUCUAUCCUACCACAGCUUUAUAUUCAACCCAUCCUUGGAAUAGGAGAGAAUUUACAGUGCUACCGAUUCGGCAUCUCUUCCUCCACAAAUGCUCUAGUUAUUGGUGCUACAGUCAUGGAAGGCUUCUACGUAAUAUUUGACAGAGCCCAGAGGAGAGUGGGCUUUGCAGUGAGUCCAUGUGCAGAAGUUGAUGGCUCUCCAGUAUCUGAGAUUGAAGGCCCUUUCACAACAGCAGAUGUUGCAAGCAACUGUGUUUCUAGUGUUUCUUUCCAUGAACCAGUGUUGUGGAUUGCCUCCUAUGCUCUCAUGAGCCUGUGUGGAAUUAUCCUCCUUGUACUGAUCAUCCUGCUGCUCAUUCCACCGCGGUGUCAGCAUCGCUACACUGACAAUGACGUGGUCAAUGACGAGUCCUCCUUAGUGCGUCAUCGAUGGAAAUGAGAAACGCGAUCGUGAAACCUGGGACUCAAACAGGAUGAAGAACAAAGUCCUUUGCCAAGGGGAAGAAGCCAAAUGCCUCGGUCCUUUCUACGUUCAUUACAAAUUGCUGUUGAAAUCCCGCCAAAUACCCUGCAUCAUAACUUUUUUAAGCUUUAUUUUCUAACACCGAUUCUGAACCAAAGCACUGUUAACCACCUUUUAAGUGCUACGGUACUGGAUUUGUUACUGCAGUACAAGGAGCCUUUAUGCUCUCAACAGUACCUUCUUUAAAAAAAAAAAAAAAAAGGAAAAAAAAAAAAAAAGAGAAAAAAACCCAUCAUGACGUUCUUCCACUGUCUGAACAAAAUUGUUCAUCCCUCUUUCACAAAAAAAGGAGCUGUCAGUAUUUUCUAACUAAUCAAUUCCUGACUGUAGAAAAAGAGAAAAAAACUUAAUAAUCUUUCUUAUUAAUUGCAUUAAAUGAAUACUGCUUUCUGUUUACAUCAAUUCAUUUUGAAACUGUGUUUAUGGUGCGGGGGAGGGAGAAACGUCAGACUUAAGCAGCAGAGAAAAGCAAAAGAAGAAAUGUUGGUUUGUGGGGUUUUUUCCUCAAGAUCACUGCUGCCACUUGAGAGGGUUGCCCUUCAUGAGUGUCAUUACAAAAUAGUUUGAGGAAAUGAAAACUGGGAAACAAACUCGUUCAGCCUUAGUGUAAAACAAGACUACCUCUCUUAAUUUACAAGGAUGCUACCACUGGUAAGCAUGUAGCUUAGAACUGGUCUUAAGCACAAGACGCUCCAUAUAACCAAAUGCAACUCCUUGGCUUUGAAGCAGUGGAUUUUAUAAAAAUUAAUACUUCAUGACUUUCCACUUUGAUGCACAAAAAAAGCCUUUCAGUUUUCCCCCUAAUGUGGGGGCUUGUGGGGUUUGUUGUUUUUUCUGAGUUGAGGAUGACUGAUACUUAGAAAAGGCUGGUCUGCGUGUAUGUGGACAGAUGAUAAAUCUAAGGUCCAUGUUUUGCCAUCUCUUUUGGUGUUCCUAGUGAGCCUGCAACAAAAAGGAAACAGCAGAAUGAGAAAGACAGCGCUUUUUUUUUGGCUGAGCUCAGUAACCUAGACGUUCAAGGGAGAAAUGUCUGUCUUCCCGGACAGACUGUGAAGUGAAAAUCUUAAUGCUGGCUUGUUCUUCAAUUUGAAUGGCAGUUGGAAGGGUUUGGUUUAGCUUCACCAGUGUGUCAAUCAAGUGAAAAGCAUAUGACCGGCUGUAAACAAACAUGUGGUAAAACUGACAACAAUAGGUGGAGAGAGCAGGGAAGCAUGUAUUUGACUAUACCUCCAUUGUGCAAGGGUAAAUCUUAAUGCUGGAGGUCAGAACAUGGCAUUUUAUUUGCAGAUAGGACAAUUUUUCUUGUAUCUAGUCAGUGAGCGUUGCGGGACCUCCGUUGCUCUUCUGUAACACUGGCAUAGCGGGUUUGAAAGAAACAAUGCAAGGUUGUGGAGUCCAGUGAUAUAACUAUUACUUAUCUGUUGGUUUGGGUUUGUUUGGGUUUUUUUGCGGAAAAAAGGAAACAAAAUUCCUUUGCAUUUCAAUAGCAGAGCAGUUUGCAUAUCUGUGUGGGAAAUGAGAAAAAAAAAAAAUGAAGCUUUGCUCUGAAUCUCCCGAUCCCUUGCCUACAAAAUUUUCUGCCUAUAAUCCCUUCAUAUAGCUUUCUGAUUCACACUGCCUCUGCAUCUGACUCUGCAUGGAAUAAGCAAAGAUUUCUUUUUUUCAGGAUUGGUGCUUUUACAGAGGUGCACAUAAUGUGUGUGAAAAUAAAGCACUGUUGUUUUUAAACUAACUUGUGUAUAUCACUUCAUAACUGGAAGUGCCUGUUGGGUUUUCUUGCCUUUUUAAUUCUUGCACUUUCAGCUUGCUUAUCUGAACAGAGUGAAAUAAUUGGUGUUGUGAUCCAACAUCCGAAAAACAUUUCUCUUGCAAUUAGGAGUUGGAAAUAGGAGGAAAUAUUGAGUUUGCUUCCUUCUUCCUCUGCCUCUUAAUUUUUAAGGGGAGAAAAAUGAUGAAUCAUAAGGAAUGUAAUAAACUAUAGAGCUUAGGUGUUUUCUCCCUGUUCUAUUUUCCAUACAUCUCUCUCUCAAUGUCUUAUAAUUAGAAUUUUUAGUACGUUAUAAUAAUAAGUUGUUCCCUUGAGUUUUUCUUAAAGCAAUAGACUUUGCUCUUAAAAGAGAGAGUGAUGUUUCCAAUUCUGUGAUUUGGUUCUGUAUCAUCCUCUUGGGUUUGGUUUGACACAUAAAUAAUUUCAAAGUUGUAUUCCUUCUUUACAGUAUGGUAAUACAAGGAAUGCUUCUGUCACCUGUUUCAAACAGAAACACAGUGUGAAUGUGUGGACUGAUGCAAUGGUAAACAAUGAGCCCAUUUUUAAUUUGGAAAGUAAUAACACUUGUAUGCUCUUAAAAUGUUUCUUAGCUGCUUCCCUCUCCCCACCCUCUCUUAUUUUCUCACCACAAAGAGUUUUAGGAAGGAAUUUAUUGAGAAAGGUUCCUAAUAUGCUUUCUAAUGACAUGUAACAUUUCUUCUGAGUUGCUUAACAAAGUCUUUUUAGCGCAUUAGAUUUCAUAUAAAACCUGUCCAGUUUUGCCCUUUCACUUUGAAUGUCAUUGGUCAAGACAUUUUAAUAGAAACACUUGAAUUAUAUGAGCAAUAAUCAAGUAGCACAAAUGAAAUGGUAAAAUAUUCUUGAGUUUUCGUGGCAUCCCUUGCCACUAAAAUUUGGCUUAUAGUAACAAUGCUGUUAGUGACAUCUGCUAGCAGCACAAACUUCAUCUCAGCUUGUAAAUUGAUACUUACACUGGCAGAUAUUCAGGUGAGUACUGCUUUGUUGCUCUGGCAACAAGAAGAGCAAUAGAAACCCUUGAGGGUUCAUUUUUAGCCUACAGCACAUUAAGAAAAAUAAUGCUCUUGAGCAUUUUUCUAUGAAAGAUGAAAUACAAUGAUAGACUACAGUGUUACCAAGUGUGUCUUACUAGUGAUUUCUUUCCCUGAUAUAUAUUUUUUUUAAAGGAGAGUGCUGUGAGGUAUUUUAUGCUGCUGUUAACUAACUUCAGAGAUAAGAUUAAACCAUACCAAGAAAAAAAAAAAAAAAAGGAGGGGGCCAAAAA